GGCACCACAGGCGGCGUUUCGAGCCUGGCCACACACGUCGCGCCUUCACGCGCGCUUCAUCACCCGGCUGCAUCUCCACCUUCGACGCACGCCGCUGAAACAUUGCUGCUGCUUGCUGCAACGGCUGCACAACCACCGGCGCUUCUCUUGCCUCUGCUUCCAUGAAGAAACUGAAACGACAGACCGACUCCGUCAUAGUCCACUUUGACUACGACUGCUUCUACGCCAGCGUAUUUGAACAUGAAAACCCAGCAUUACGACGCUUGCCACUGGCCGUGCAGCAAAAACAGAUAGUCGUCACAUGCAACUAUGAGGCCCGCCGACGAGGCUUGCACAAGCUGCAGCUGAUCCACGAAGCGAAGAAGGUCUGCCCAGAUGUAGUCAUCGUCCUGGGCGAAGAUCUUACCCGCUUCCGGAAUGCUUCCAAAGAACUGUAUGCUUUCUUGCGGUCGUUUUCCUGGAACUCUCGUUGUGAACGCUUAGGCUUUGAUGAGGUGUUUUUAGAUGUCACCGACCUGAUCGACUACAAUGUCAGUAUUCUCAAUUCUAAUGACCUCAGCAACGCCUUCUUUUGUCUUGACAGGAACGAUCCCACUGUGGGGUUUCCUUACGAUGCGACGCAGCUGACGGGUCAUCUAUACCCAAAAACGGCCUCUGAAGACUUAGGCACCACGCCCGAUCUGCUGCACCUCCGAUUGGCUCUAGGAAGCCAUUUAGCUCACUACAUACGAACUCGACUCGAGGCAGAGAAGGGCUACACGGCCACGGUUGGCAUCUCUACCAACAAACUUCUGGCAAAGCUCGUUGGCAACAUAUAUAAGCCCAAGGCUCAGACUACACUGGUCCCGCCCUAUACCUCUACUGAAGACGAUGGGAGUGUCGACAAUGUGACUGCCUUCAUCGACGAUCAUGAAGUUGGCAAAAUUCCCGGCAUAGGGUUCAAGAUCGCACAAAAGCUUCGUACGCACCUACUGCAGAGGCCGGCAGAAUUUGAUGCUGGGCUGGUAUAUGGUGGUACUAAAGAGACUGUUCUUGUCCGCAAUGUACGGACACAUCCUGGCAUCGGUCCGGAGACGCUCGAGCGAAUACUUGGCGGCCCAGGCGUACCACAUGGUACCGGAACCAAAGUGUGGGGUCUACUGAACGGCUGUGACGACACAGAAGUUGGCCAAGCUCGCGAGAUACCGCGUCAAAUCAGUAUCGAAGAUAGCUACAUGCGCCUGGACACACUAGAAGCUGUGAUCAAAGAGUUGCGCAUGUUAGCCAAGAGACUGCUCGAGAGAAUGCACACAGAUCUACUAGAAGAAGAUGACGAUUCGCACGACUUAUCCACGGCUCCAACUUCCGCUACUUCAAAGCCUAUAAAGCGUUGGCUUGCUCACCCGAAAACACUCCGAUUAUCAACCCGACCACGCCCACCUCAGAACCCAGAUGGUAGCCGCAAUCGGUCCUUUGCACGUAUAUCUAAAUCCACACCCAUGCCAACCUUUGUCUUCAGCCUAAAAGAAGACAUGGAUACCGUGAUUGACAAAUUGCUUCACGAGACACUGCUACCGCUGUUUCGCAAGCUGCAUCCUGAGAAGCGAGGCUGGAAUUUGAGUCUUGUUAAUGUCGCGGCGACGAACAUGGCAGAUGCAGCGAGUGAGAAGGGUGGGGUUGGGCGGGAUAUCAGUAAGAUGUUUAAGCGGCAGGACGAGGUGCUGAAGCAGUGGAGGGUGGAUGAAGAGCCAGCGAUACUCGAAGAAGAUUUUGUGAGUGAGAUACUACAGAGACAAGGUUCUGAGGAUAUGCCCACAUCGUCACAGAAGAUUGGGUCUCCUGUUGUUGAGGAUGUCUGGGAGGAGGAUGAGGAGGAUAUGGUAGAGGGCGAUUCCUUCCGCUGCGAAGACUGUGGUGCUGUUAUGCCGAGUUUUGCCAUGGGCGCGCAUUGGAGGUGGCAUGCGCAGAUGGAGUAGGCAGGUGGUUAGAAGGAUGUCCGAUUGUAUUUGCCACAGGUAAUAUAAUCCGGGUACUAUGACUUUGAUCUACUUCCACUCAGUGUCCAAGUCCUCCAAAUGGCUGUUGUGUAGGCGCUGCUUCCCGAAGUGUAAAAUGCAGGGUGGGUGAGGGGGUGGAGGCGGGGUGGACGUGGAAUUCAUCCGCAGCUCCAUUGCCAUCGCGUACCAGAACUUGGACAUUUCGUUCAUUGCCUCUUUCGCAAGUAAUAUAAUCCGACUACUAUGGCUUUGAAGCUACCUGCGAAUGGCUGCUGUGUAGGAGUAUUUUCCUGAAGAGGAAAUGCCCCGCUCAGGAUCUCGGACGCGGGUUCCUCGGCAGUCCG